CACACACAGACAGGCGCACAAACACACACAGACAUACACAGAAACACACACAGACAGGCGCACACACACAUAAGCAAAUAUCCUGUUUUUAAUCCACAGUGAACCCAUCAAUUAGAUUAUAGUUUGUAACUCACUCCACGAUAUCUGUUAUUGUACAUAUAAGUCCACAGACCCCCUUGAUUAGAUUACAAUUUGUAACUCACAGCAGCAUUGCUGUUAAUCUAUAUAUAAACCACAACAAGACCCUCGGUUAGAUUACAGCCUCUAACUCGUUCACCAAUUUGUAUCAUGGAAAAGAUAAUUUAACUAAUAUCAUCAAUAAGAUUCUUGUCUCGAAAUCAAUUUCAUCUCAAUGGCCAGACUGGAAGCAGAAACAGAGAAAGCUGCAGUUUAAAUUCUGCUACGUUCUGUUUCUCCAAAGUAAUGAGCCUCUGCAAUUCUCCCACUUUGAUGGGGAUAGGAAUGAGGAAUAAAUGCUGUGCCAAAAUCCAGUGAUGCUCAAAUCCUGCGAACGAAUGGAAAAAAAAAACCCUUUGCUGUCCUAAUCAUUCGCUGCCAAAGAUUUAUACACAUUUGUUAAUGGUCAGCAGUGUUAAUCACUAAUAUCCUGGAACUGCGUAUCCCUCCUAACUCUCUUGCUAAGCAAUGCACUGCCCUGGACUGCAGCAGUUCAGGGAAGUGGAUGAUUACAACCUUUUUGAACACCUCCCUUAAACCCCUCAAUUAUAGCGGGAAUUGCAAUCGCUGAUUGCGUCAGCCAUUGAGAACAAAUUAAAAUACCCUUCGUGUGACAUUGCUUCAGGUGAUCUUGCAAAUUGUUCAGUUAAUAUUUGCUGGUGCAUUAACUCGGUAUCAAAGAUUAGGUCCACUUUGUGUAACAAUCUCUAAGUAAAGGUUAAUUAGUAUUCCCACAAUAUAUUAAUUGCAAUCCUUUGACCUUCCCUUUGAUAUAUAUAAAGCCACACUACCCCACACCUCCCGUAACCACUUUGCACUGACGAUUCUGGUUCUGAUUAACGGCAGGCUCGUAAUAACAAUGGGCAUCUUGCCGACACUGUUCGUGAUCGUGGUGUUCUUACCUCAUGGUCUUCAAAGCUGUGGAGACUACAUAGAAUGUGCGGCCCAGCUGGAGAACAAGUUGGCUGACUCUCUGAUUGACCAAGACCCAGACCCCAGUGUGGUACUUUCCCUGUGUCUGGUGAAACACAAGAUCGAACCAUACAUUGUCAACAGACUUAAGGAGAUUGCUAUUAGCAAAGGGCCGAGUAUGACCAGUGGGAAACUGGCCCAGUACAUAUUGGCAUUGAUCUGCUGUUGUAAAAACCCAACGAAGCUGACCAUUGACAACGAAUUGAACCAUGGCAUCAACCUGGAGUCAUUGCUUUCUGAGAAGCUUGGCCAAGAGAUUAAAAGCAUCGAGAUGAAUACACACCCUCUCACCACCUACUACCAAGUUGCACUUGCUGUGCUUGCACUUUGCCAAGAUGAUUACUUGAUUAGGAAGAGCGAUAUCAAAACUUUCGCACAGGCUGUGAUGAACGAUGAGCUCUCCUACAGAGGUCACUUCUCAGUGGAUACGGGUGCUAUGGCUGCCAUGGCCUUUAGCUGUCUACAAGGUUCCUACAAGCCAGCUGACUCCAUCAAGAUUGCCUUGACAAAACUGAUCAUGCAGAUUUACUGUGCAAAAGAAGCUCAAGGAACAAUUGGAAAUAUCUAUAGCACUGGCCUGGCCAUGCAGGCUCUUAUUGCUAACAGUGAUUUCAUUCCAUUCCCCGUCUGGAAUACUUCAAAGAUUACAGAGAGAGUUGUGGAAGAAAUCAGCCAGGGAGCAUUCUCAAACCCGGAAAUGGCUUCACAGAUCUUGCCACCUCUGCUGGACAAAACAUACCUGGAGGCUGGUAAAGGGUGCUAUGGUGGAGUAAGUGGAACACAGUCAAAGGCAGAGAUGAGCUAUAACAGAAUGAUUACUGUGGACUACACUGUAAAUGAUGGUUCACGUAAUCAUUCCACUCAUCUAACUGUCCAUGCAGGUACAGUCCUUAUCGAUAUUAUGGAAAUUGCACAGGCAAGGGAUCCAGAAUACUUUCGAUUCAAGGAUAUCCAGACUUCCUUGGGCCCCUUCAUCACCAGCAUUGGUGGUAUUCCGGCCAGCAGUGAUGAAAGGACCUUUUGGCAGUUUCUGAAUGGGACUGUGCCAAUUCCUGUUGGUGUCGCAGAGUACAAACCUUCCAAUGGGGAACAUGUCAUUGCAAAACUGUCCAAAUAUUGAUUCAUGAUAGUAGAGAAAAAAAAUUCAGGUCUUGGAAAAUAGUCUGAGACUAAGAACUAGUGUAUGUUAGCAAGGUAUGUGCACAGAGUUUCAAAAAUGGUUCCUUUGCGUAUUAAUCAAUAAACAUUCCACUCUCACAGCAAACAAACGUCUUUCCAAGUUAAAGAAAUACCACUGACCUCGACAUGACCUUACUCUGAUUUUUGGCAUGAGCUAACUCUGAUACUGAUAUAACCACACUUGAAAUCUGCCCUGAACCUAAUCUUAACUCCAAAGUGAAACUGACCUGACCCAAUGCUGACUCCGAUGUGACCCCCCCCAAUUUUCACAUACCCCUUAGUUGACUUGCCAUGAGCCUUUUAUGACAGCCCCACCUAUCACCCAGGACUCCUUCAUAAUCAGAACUUAUUGGCACCCAUGUUAUAAAAGAUCCUAUUUUGACCUCUUUGGCUGACCCCUUGACAUGCUGUCACAUUGGCUGUAGCCCUGGCUUGACAUAAUCAACUGGAUUAUUACCCCAAAUGGAUGUAAGCUGAA